GUCAAAAUGAAUUUAUAAAGAAGCGAAAACUUUAUUAGGUAUAGAAUCAGCUCAUAACAAACAAAAACGUAUCCAGUUCGUUUCUUUGUAAAGAAAAGCAGUACCUCUUAUAUUUAACUUAGACAAUGGACUCAAAUUUACAAUGGAGAGGUGAAAACAACACGAAAUCUAUUCAAAAACCUCCUCGCACACUGGCUGAAUUUCGUGCCAUUAUGGAUGCCAAGCGUAACCGCAAGAAUAGGCGAAGCAUUGACUCUGAGGAAGAGGAGGAGCUGUUCUACAGCUUACCAUCCGGAUACCCAUGUAAGAACUUUUUUAGAUUUUUAUCUUCUGCAUCUCACGAUGUCCGUAUUCGUAUCGAGCGGAUUUAUUGGAAUUCUUGGAGCUCUGCUGUGCGUAGUAUUCUCCUUUCAGGUUUUGGGAUUAUAUUCCUUAUCCUAGGGCUUUUAUGUCUGUUCAGCUUACGUGAUGCACCCCGUGGCUUCGUAAUUCUUUUUUUGGCAUUACUAUUGUGUGUACCUGGCUUUUAUAGUUUACAUGUACUUCUUAUGCAUCUUUGUGGGUACACAAAUUAUUCUUAUCACCUGCUUUCAGGGAGUAAUUAAUUUGUUUAAGAUAAUAAUAAAAUUUUAAGCGCAGCGUCACUUUACUCUACAACACCCUUUAUUUAUUUUUUUGUGUGAAUCCAGCCUUACUACUGGUAUCUUUUUUAUUUAAUUCAUUAAAGCCUUCACUAUCAAUUGAUUUCCGUCAAAAUUUGGAAUUUAGAUCGAAGUUAUUGAGGUUUCUUCCGUUGCGUUGCGUUCCACACCUACUGCUUUUAUUUAGAUAUGUCUUUAAA